AACAAUACUAAAAAAGAAGGAGCUUCACUCGAUUUCUCGAUUUGUCCAAUUCUACAGUGAACUAACAUCCUGCUGGCAAAUCAUAGUGUACCUAUGUUCUAACAAAUGGCUUGCUUGCCUCAAUCUUCAACAACUGUAAUCCCUAAUUUCCCGAUUGAAGAGACGUUGAAAAUUCGGUGAAAUUUCUAUAAUGGCGGAGGAGAAGGACCCCACGUCGGUGCCGCUGAGUCAAGGAGCUCGCGAAGAAGAAGAAGGGCGAGAUCCCGAAGACCCGUUAAAAUCUCCUCCUGCUUCUUCGGAUUCUUCCACUCGUAGGGCUUGCUGUUUUGUACUACAAAGUUGGGUUUCAAAAAAGUUCAUGACUGGAUGUGUUGUUCUGUUUCCGGUUGCUGUUACAUUCUUUGUAACUUGGUGGUUCAUACAGUUUGUUGAUGGUUUCUUUAGUCCUCUAUAUGCUCAGCUUGGUGUUGACAUAUUCGGACUUGGAUUUGUGACAUCAUUAGUUUUUGUAUUCCUUGUUGGAGUCUUUGUUUCGUCAUGGUUGGGUGCUACAGUUUUCUGGAUUGGAGAAUGGUUCAUCAAGCGAAUGCCAUUUGUCAGGCAUAUUUACUCAGCCUCCAAGCAAAUCAGUUCUGCAAUUUCUCCUGAUCAGAAUAAUACUGCAUUUAAGGAAGUGGCAAUUAUUCGUCAUCCACGCGUGGGUGAAUAUGCAUUUGGAUUUAUCACUUCAACAGUUCUCCUUCAGAGAGACGAUGGAGAUGAAGAACUCUGCAGCGUUUUUGUCCCAACAAACCACUUAUAUAUUGGUGACAUAUUCUUGGUUAAUUCCAAGGAUAUUAUAAGACCCAAUCUGUCCAUUCGUGAAGGGAUAGAGAUUAUCGUUUCUGGAGGCAUGACAAUGCCACAAAAGAUCACUCCAAUCUCCCCAAUCGAAAGAGUUGCUCGGCAAGGUGAAAGAAUUCCUCUGAGCAGACUGGUGUAAAGAUGUGGAGUUUCCAUUUCAGGUAUGCUUAUUACCCUUGUGGACUAGACUAGACGUUAUUUGGAGUUGAAGGUGGUCGAGGCUAUAUAAGAAAAUGGGAGAUAGACAACCAUAGUGGAAUUGGACUUGUAAGGGUACCGAUUAUUCAUUUUGUACUAGGUAGAAAAGGUUGAUGAUGCCUUUGUUGUAUGGACGACCUUGUAUCUUGUCAUAUCGCUGUAUUCGAUGCGACGACGCCGGAGAUGAGAACUGAGAUCAUAUAUAUGUUGCUAUAAUUGAAAGCUUUUAUGCUAGUUUUUAGAUUUUGAA